AACCAUCGUACUAAUGGCGUAGGUGUGUGAGUUUCUGGCCGUUAAUGGAGCAGCCUGAAACUCAAAGAGUCGUCAAUUGCUAACUUGCGUUAGUGAUUGUUAGGCGUGUUUACUUCGCUGUUCGACUCGUUGUAUACAGAACUUUAUCAGCUCCGACCUUAUGUGCGCCUAUGGCCACAAAACCGCUCCGCCCUGCGCCUCCACCACCAGUGCCGAAGGCUAGUGCACAAGCUCAAGCGCCGUCGCUAGCUCAAAGAGAUAGCAACAACAACAAGAAUGAGCGGAAGAAUGGUGUUGCACCAAGCCGACCCACUGUUAUUCGACCUAAGGUCGUUCAUACACCCAAGAAGAAGCCGCCUCCUAGGCCUCCACCGCCAAAGGUUGGUGGAUCGCAUUCACAAAAAAACUCGGCACAAAAUGAAUCUCACGUCGCCAGCAACGCUGCAGUGGCGGACAUCGACGCAUUUUUUGGCUCAUCGACCAAGAAAGACGCUUCUUGGGCUACAGUGCCCAAUGGGACAUCUUCUAGCCUAUUCUCCCGCCGUACUGCAUUCGUACGAGGACAGCUGAACCUUUUUGGUUCAACCGGGAAGGGGCAGCAGAAAAGUGCACUAGCGAAAAAGGGGCCCGCGCCAAAGCAGCCCGUUGCGGGUGCCGCCAGGAGCUCUUUUCGCAAAGGUGCAGCGCCGGCACCACCCGUGCCACCGCAUCGUGUACCUCUUUCUGGUGCCGUGGGCAAGGACAAUGGGGCGCUGCUGAUUAGCUUCGAUUCUCCGCCAGCGUCACCUACCUGUUCGGUAAACAGUGGCUCAUCGGGAGCCAGCAGCGCGGCAUCGGGUGGCGGUCCAGGUGUUAGCAACGGAGGUGCCGUGUCGCUACUUGACGAGGAUGUGCCCCCAUUACAGGAUGCACCAUGGCCUGGAGGACGUGGCAUGCCUCACUCGCUGACGACUUUCUGGGGAAUGUCCCACGAAGGGGGCGCUGGUGACGCAGCGCAGGACGACUCCUGGAACUUUCCAAGAAACGCAUCGCUGCCCAGCUUGUCCCAGGAGGCAAGCCUGCCUGCUUCAAGUGACCCCUGGAACUUUCCCGAGGCCAGCAAUGGCGCCCAGUAUGACAGGUCACCUACAGAGGAGGAGUGGUCGCCACCUCCGCCAAUGCACCCACCGCCAGCACCACCUCUUGAAGAGGAUAGCGCGCAACAGGACCUUUCAGGAGCAGCUGUAGCAAGGCAAGAUUACCAAGCAUCUGCGCCUGGGCAGCUCUCGCUAAAGGUGCAUGACCUCGUUGCGCUCCUAUCUGAAGAAGGGGCUGACUGGUACAGGUGUCGCUGUGGCAACGAGGAAGGCCUGGUACCGAAGAGGUGCUUGGACGUACUGGUUCUGCCGAGGAGGACUCCCACGGAAAAUGGUGCUUCGGUGACGUACCGUCGAGCUUUGUACGACUUUGAGGCAGAGUCCAGCCAGGAGCUGAGCCUUCGACAAGGAGACAUGGUGCGCCUGCUCGGUGUCUUGGACACCGAUUGGGCUCUCGGUGAGAUCCAUGGAAGAAGGGGUCGUUUCCCCCUCGCAUUCCUGGAGCCUGAAGUCCAGCCAGCUGGGUGCCCGGCAAUCGCGUUGUACAGCUUUAAUGCAGAGCAAGACGGCGACCUGGGAUUCUCGGAAGGCGACACGGUUAUUGUACUUUCUCGAAUCAACAAGGAUUGGCUGUGCGGAGAGCAUAAAGGCAAGAGAGGGCAGUUUCCGGCUUCCUUUGUGCAACCAAUAUCGAAGAACACCUCCACGAAGAGUGUGGACAUCUACCGAGCAGCAUUUCCAUUCGAAGCCCAGCAUGCAGAUGAACUCACUCUGCGCCCUGGAGACAAAGUACAGGUGACCUGCAAGGUGAACGAUGACUGGUGGCAAGGGAGGCUGCUUGGGUCAACCUCAAGGGAAGGCAUCUUUCCCGCCGCCUUUGUGGAAAGCCUGUCUUAAACGGUGUCAGCUAGCAACACACUUCUCGGCUGGAUAACAACAGCGAAAGAAAAAAGAACUCCUACAAGGCAACUAAAUUUCCUCGCCUGCGAUCGACAAGAUCGGGACACCGCGGCAUUUUUUCCGUAAAUGUUAUGCACUUUGUAAAGUUAUCUCUCUCGCGAGUGCUGCAGAAUACUCUGCACGACAUGAGUACCACCACAGUGCUGCACGAGGGUACUCGUAGAGAAAAAUUCAUGUGCAGGUACGGACUACAAACUGUAGCAGUGUAGGUCUCUACAGAUCACGCCAUUGGGUGGUUGGCAUCUGUACGUAUGCAUCAGUUGAUAGGCGUUGACACGAACGCAUGCGCCCAGCAGUGGCUCAUUGCAUGUGUAGUUAUGUUACUGUAGCUGGCCAUGCUUGCCAUGUCUAGCUCAUGUAAAUACGUGCUACUGUGCAUUUGUGAAACUGUUAAGGUACUAUGUACAACAUAUGCAAGUUGCCAAGGUAAUUAUUGUUGUGUUCAAAGGACUGCAAGGUCACACACAUUUUACUGUGGGAUGGCGUGUUCAUUGUGGGCCGCCUGUAGCGGUGUACUUGGAGCUUUUUGCGGGUACUCAUUUUCUCUGGAGAAACCUUUUCUCUCGUCUUUGUUUCUGCUGCAGUUGCCCAUAGAGAGAUAAGUGAAAGCCUAGUCAGUGGGACAUCUAGAAGAACAAAGGAGGGCUAAUGGCGCCAUAGUGCUUUUUCUUUUGACUUCUGCCUGCCCUGACCAAGGGUCAGUGUGUACAAGCGAUGCACUUAUCAUUCAAAGGAGUUGAAUGGACCUUGUCACUUAUCGGGUGAUUAUGAAUAGAGUACUUGUUUGUUUUUGCUGCGAUAAUGCUUUUUCGUGCCAGGCAUUUUAGUUCGUGUAGCGUCGUGCUUGAUUAUGCUGUAAAAAAUUACAAUGGGGCAGCAUCAUUGUAUUAAUAUUUGCUUGUGUAUGUUGUGAAGGGAGCAGAUAUAAAAUCUAAUAGAAAGAUCAAAGAAGACUUGAGUGCGCCACUGUAGCAGCUUGGCCAGUGCGCAAUGACAUUCCCGAGUGAUGGUAUUGUGUUUCGUCGGAAAAUGUUUGCACUUUUCUAAGUACCUGGUGAACAAAAAGUGCAGACUGAACAGAAAGUUUUUUACACAGCUUUUUUUUACGAAUUGACGCCGGCUCGACUAGCACUCUGGCAGGCUGAUGCGUCGAGAUGAUUAUAAAAUUUCUGAAUAUGCUUUUAUUUACACAAAGGAAAAAUAAACUGCGUGCAGGAUAUUUAACA